UAAAGAACCCGUUAUCGAUCCCCUCCCUCCUUCUCGCCAUCACCAAGACGCUGGGACGCCGCAGUUUCGACACUUUUACAGCUCCGGCUGCCGACCGCCUACAGCCGACCGGCGACCGCUAUCCCCUGCACCCUGGUGAGAUAUUCUAAUCUAUACGGUUCUAUCCGGUUCGCAGUCCACACGGCACACGGAUCUCUCGCCGCACUCUUCUCCUGCUGUCCUGUCUUCUCCUGAGCACACUCUUCUCUACAAGAAGGCCGGAGAGGACAAGGUGCCGUGACUGUUGUCUUCUCCUGUCCUACCUACUGGUACCAUACUCUGUAGUUGGGAGCUUCUUCUUUAAUCUUUAUCCCAUCUUACUCCCUACCAUUUCAAGAUGGCUAUCAACUUUCAUGACGUCAGAGGUCUCCUAGCGGCCUUCAGCCCCUCUUCAGAGUUCUUCGCCAUUUCUUCGGGUGACGGUCGUAUUAAGAUAUGGGACACCAUAAAAGGUCAGUUGCAGACGGAGUUUUCAGAUUUAUCGCCUUCUGAUGCAUCAAGCCUUUUGUCUCAGCCUAAAAGUGGGCACCUUUCGCUUGACUAUACCUGCAUGAAAUGGGUUCCACUUGAAAGAAAGAAGAAAAGAAAAUCAGGAAGCUCCCUCUUGGUGUUGGGAACUGGGAACGGCGAUGUUCUAGCGCUGGAUGUAUCUGCUGGACAAUUGAAGUGGAAAAUUAGUGACUGUCAUCCUGGGGGUGUGAAUGCUGUUUGUUUUUCUGAGUUUCAUCGAUCUGUGUACACAACGGGUGUUGAUGGUAUGGUUUGUGAGAUUGAUGCAGCGAAGGGGAGCUUGAUAGGAAAAUUUAGGGCAUUUACUAAAUCAAUUUCUUCUAUGGCUGUUUCUGCUGAUGGUAAAAUAUUGGCCACUGCAUCUGGACAGCUGAAGACUUUUGGUUGUUCUGAUAACAAGAAACUACAAAAGUUUUCUGGACACCCAGUGGCUGUUCGGUGCAUGAUUUUCAGUCAAGAUGGGCAAUAUAUCAUGACAUCUGGAGUUGGUGAGAGACAUAUUGCCAUUUGGAAAGUAGGCGGAGACAAAAAGCAAUCUGCUAGUUGUAUUCUCUCAAUGGAGCAUCCAGCUGUUUUUCUGGACGGUAAAGAUGUACAAAAGGAUGAAAAGUUUGGAGAGGGGUUUUCUGUUCUGGCCAUUUCUGAAGUUGGCAUGGGUUAUUUUUGGUAUGGAAGUAACCUUGAAGAAUUGCGCCAUAGUCAGCCCACAAAGAUCUCAGUUUUUAUGGAGCCAAAGAUAAAUGAUUUGGGCAUAUAUGGAGCAAAACUUCUAGAUUCAGCUAAAGCUGCUUCAGGACAUGUUUUCCUUGCUUAUGGUUCACUAGUUAAGCCUUCAUUUCAGAAACUGUUGGUACAUUAUGGAACAGACAUUAAAUUAGAUGACUCCAAAGGUGGUAUUCUUUUGCCAAUUGACAGCUUUCCUCAUCCUCAGAAGCCACAAAUGAGGAGCAUGAAAGGAACAGUUACUGCACUAGAUCGAACAAAUGCAGAACAUGCUGUUCUUCCAAUUCCAAAGCUACAUACGCAUGAUAAGAAGAGAAAGCAUUCUAUGGCAAAAUCGACUGCAGAUAUUGAGGAUGCUAUAACUGAUCCAAUAAUCAAGGAAGUGAAAAAACAAUCAACUGAUAGAAGAGUUGUCCUGCAAAGAAUGGAGAAAGAUACAAUAUGCUUAGAAGAUAAGCUGAGAGAACUGGGAUUUAUCAGUGACAAUGAUUGUUCCAAGGAAGCAAGUGAUCCAAGUAGUCCUACUAGUACUUCUCUAGAUCUCUACAGUGGCGACAUGAUAUCAAGUGAUGCAAAAAUUUCUUCAAGGAAGAUAAGGCUGCACGUCUCGUCCAUGAACUCUGCUGAUGCUUACAAUUUCCUUGAAGACCUUAUUUCUGCUUGGAGGAAAAGAACACCUGGUUUAAAGAAUGUUCUUCAAUGGAUAUAUUAUAUUCUGCUCAUGCAUGGUCAGUUUGUUGCAAGUAAAGAUUCAUCAGCUGGAAUGCUAGAUGGUCUGCAAAAGGCAUCUAAAAAUAUGAUAAGGUUAAGAUGUGCGUCCAUCAAUCAUUUACUGAAGCUAUCCGGUAGAAUUCGACUAAUCAUGACUCAGAUCGAUAAAAUCGGUAAGAAAGUAUCAAUGGAUGAGCACCUCGGCGAAGGUGGCAAAAUGCUGAGCGACGAUGAUGAAGAUGUUGGUUUCGAUGAUGAAAACAACGAAGACGAAGAGAUCGAUGAGAUGUUGUAUGGAGAAGAUGAGAGUAAUAGCGAUGACGAUGAUGACCAUGAACUGGGUCAGACAUGAUCGCUCUCGAAGUUCCUUUUGUAGUUGAUUAGAUAUAUCAACACUCUUGAACUAUGUAUUUCAAUGGUGUGCGCGAUGUGUAUCGAAGAUUGAGAUUCAAUACCCAACUUCUACGGAAAAUUUUGUUCUGUAUACAAUUUUGCAGUGCUAAAGUCUUUUUUAUCUUUUA